GACGCCGUUAUACGUCAGUGGCACCAGAGUACACUGACUUGUCUCCGCGAGCUGUAUGUCCGUAAUUCUGCUGUUCGUUGCCUUCGUUUCUUUUCAGGACAAUUGGGGUCUGAAGUUGCCGAUCCCACCUGCGACGGUUUGCUUGCUUCUAAUGUCAAUCAGAUUACAGAGGCGACAAGGCAACGCUGGCCACCAGGAAGCAUGAAUGGUUUGAUACGGAUAUGGCGAUUUGGUUGCUCAACUCCAGUUCACGAAACGGGUACCUCAUUUCGAGAUCUAUCAUCUCAGCAGGUUGGAAAACCCUCCAGAUCACAGGCCAAGCGAAUACUUUCAUUAUUUAUAUCAAAUUUUGGAAUUUUUUGGUCUGAAGAUUAA